GUUUUAUUUCUUACCGAUUAAAAUUUUAAAUUCAUUGCUCAGUAUAAUAUAAAUAUUAUGUUAUAUUGUUUAACGUUGUUCAUUAAUUUAAUUAUACAUUCACACACAUUUCCAGGUGACGACUGCGCGAAUGUGUUGCGUCGACACCGAAAUGAGUAACAAAGAUUAUAUCUUAUGCUUUUGACACGUCCUACCACAUAUCCUUUAGAUGUUAUAUUUUGAAAUCAAAAAAAUGAAGUUUUCGUUUAAUUUCUCAUUGAUAAUUUUACUGCUCAUUCGACACGGCUCGUGUUCACGUCAUUAUGAUAGACACCGUCUCUUACAGUUGAGAUCUGAAGUGAAAGAAAUGUUUGAACAUGCAUAUCACGGCUAUAUGAAAUAUGCUUAUCCUUAUGAUGAGUUACGGCCAUUGACAUGUGAUGGUGUGGACACUUGGGGCAGCUAUUCAUUAUCAUUGAUUGAUGCCCUAGACACUCUAGUUGUAAUGGGACUACACGAUGAAUUUAAUAAGGCAGUUGACUACAUAAAAUAUAAUGUUUCCUUUGAUGCAGAUAUCAAUGUAUCAGUUUUUGAGACAAACAUAAGAGUUGUUGGUGGACUGCUAAGCGCUCAUAUGUUAUCCCAUAGAGCCACAACUGAAUUAGAAAUUGGAUGGCCGUGUAAUGGACCACUGUUACGUAUGGCUGAAGAUGUAGCUAGAAGACUAUUACCAGCAUUUGAUACCCCUACUGGUAUGCCUUAUGGAACAGUUAAUCUUCGAUCUGGUGUACCCGAAGGUGAAACAACUGUAACUUGUACAGCAGGAGUCGGUACAUUCAUAUUAGAAUUUGGAACUCUGUCCCGACUAACUGGUGAUUCUAUAUUUGAACAGGUAGCUUUAAAAGCUCUUCAUUCAUUGUUCAACCAUAGAUCUAAAAUGGGAUUAAUGGGUAAUCAUUUGGACGUGGCCUCUGGAUUAUGGAUUGCACAUGAUUCAGGCAUUGGUGGUGGGAUUGAUUCAUAUUUUGAGUACUUAGUUAAAGGCUCUUUGCUAUUUAACCUGCCUCAUUUAAGAAGCAUGUUCGAUGAGUUAAGAAAGCCUAUUGAUAAAUACUCAGCAACUUCCACAGGGUGGUAUUUUUGGGUGAACAUGCAAAAAGGCCAAGUAACAAUGCCCAUAUAUCAGUCAUUAGAAUCAUAUUGGCCAGGGCUUUUAAGUCUAAUAGGUGAUAUAGAUAUUGCCAUGAAAUCGAUGUCAAAUUAUCAUGAUGUACUUAAAUUAUAUGGUUUUACUCCUGAAGUUUACAACGUUGUCAAUCAAGAGGCUGCUAGAGAUUCAUUCCCAUUACGACCUGAAUUAGUCGAGUCUGCCAUGUAUCUGUACAAGGCAACUAACGGAGAUCCUUAUUUACUAGAUAUAGGUAGCGACAUUCUACGUUCCAUUCAACAUAGUAGCCGCACACGUUGUGGAUAUGCCACAAUUAAAAGUUGCAAAAAGCAUUCUCUUCAAAAUAGAAUGGAGUCUUUUUUCCUUGCUGAAACAACCAAGUACCUAUAUUUGCUUUUCGACCCUGAUAACUUUAUACAUAAUGAUGGAAGUCAUGGUAAAGUUUGGAAAACAGCCGGGGGCCGUGAAUGCAUAGUCGACGCAGGUGGAUACGUUUUUAACACAGAGGCUCAUCCUAUAGAUCCCGGAAUAUUGCACUGUUGUUACAUGGCUGACAACAACCAUUGGUCGCAUCGUCAACAGCCAAAAUAUAAACGUUUUAUGAAAUCGUCAAUGGUAGUUGGCCAAAAAAAAGAAUCAACCAAUCAAGGAAAAGGCACCGUGACCGGAGAGAACGGCAGCUCGGCAAGUGGUCAUGGGUUUACCGUGGACGAGAGCAGCAUCUAUUGGACGCAACAGGCGCACGAAGACCAACGGCCGCAGUUCAAAAACGAUCAUCAAAAACCGGCAGUGGCUGCGGACGGGAUCUCGGGUAGACCUCCAACGAUGAAUUCGUUGCAACCGCCGCCACCGAUGCCGCCGCCGUCGUCACGACCACCGGUGAUUUAUAGAACGGACGACCAAUUGCAUGACGACGGUAGGCGCGAGGACGAGGAAGACGCCGCCACCGAUGACGACCAUGGCGGAAACAGAGACGACGGCGGUGACGGUGACAUGCGAUUCGAGUCUACGACUCGGCAGGAGGAGAGGACCGCGAAACUGGACGAUUUAGGUUCGGCGGCGGCCGCAGAGUCGAACGAUUUCCCCGAUUACGACGACGGUUUUAAAGACCUGACGACCGCCGACCGCCGAUAUCGGCAGCCGUCGUCAGCCGAUUACGAUCACAAUCGCGGCGACGACGACGACGACGACAAUAAUUGGAAAGCCAAACAGCACCGUUGGACGAGCGAAAAACGGCAACAGGACGACCAGGACGACGAUGACGCUUCGGCGGCCGGCCACGACGACGGCGACAACGGUUAUCAGGUGCUCGCGUGCCCCGCGACGAAUAACUUUUACACGCAUUUCCGGUGGUGACAAAGCGCCUCGCCUGUCCUGGUUGAAUUAUAUUUAUUACUAUUUAUUAUGAUACUGUGUUUUGAUGAUGUUGUUGUUGGACCAAAAAAUAUAAUUUCGUUUAAAAUAUUGUUAUUCGCGUCGUUCAAUAAUAUUAUUCUAUACGUGUAAUUGGGUAGUACCUGCCUACCUUUACUUACCUAUCUGUUCUGAAUACUGUACUUCUCUAAUUAUUGUUUUAUUUGUGUAUUUCUUACUGUAUUCUGAAUACUUUUAAAAACAAUUUUUUUAAUAUACCAAUACAUUUUUAUUACAACUGACUUCAAAAUAAUAAUAGAGUUAGGUAGGUACCUACUUAUUAUGUAUAGUGUUAUUUAUUACUCUAUGUGUUCUACCAAAGACUACCUUUUAUUUAUUAUUUGAUGUAUCUUAUAAGAAUUUUUGGAAUACUCUGUGAAUACAAUUAAUAUAAUCAUAAGGUUUUCAAACA